AUGGCGGCGCAGGAGCCAAACCCGAAUUUACCGCCUUUGGAGGCAACAAACGCUGUUCUUGUUCCGUCCGAUGAACUGCCCGAAGGAGCUCAGAAGGUUGAGGAGAUCGACUUUAAUGCUUUCAAGGGACGACCAAUCACUGUGGAUGAUGUGCUUGGAGGUAUGAAGCAUAUGGGCUUUCAGGCAUCUUCUAUGGCCGAGGCAGUACGGAUUAUCAAUGACAUGCGAGCAUGGCGCGACCCGGAGACGGGCGACAAGACGACAAUAUUCCUUGGCUAUACGUCCAAUAUGAUUUCAUCUGGACUGAGAGGCAUAUUCCGGUACUUGGUAGAGAACAAGCACGUCUCAUGCAUUGUUACAUCUGCAGGUGGUAUCGAAGAAGACUUCAUCAAGUGCCUCGGCGAUACAUACAUGUCUUCCUUUAGCGCCAAGGGGGCCGAGCUAAGAGCUAAAGGUCUCAACCGAAUAGGCAAUCUGAUGGUUCCUAAUGCGAACUAUUGCGCAUUCGAGGACUGGGUUGUGCCCAUUCUAGACAAGAUGCUCGAAGAGCAAGAAGCAAGCAAGGGAACUGAAGAGGAAAUCAACUGGACGCCAUCCAAGGUUAUUCACCGGCUCGGAAAGGAGAUCAACGACGAGAGAUCAGUAUAUUACUGGGCAUACAAGAAUGAUAUCCCCGUGUUCUGUCCAGCUUUGACAGAUGGUAGUCUAGGUGAUAUGCUAUACUUCCACACGUUUAAAGCCUCGCCACUGCAGUUAAAGAUCGAUUUAGUGGAAGACAUUCGACGCAUCAACACCAUCUCCGUACGGGCAAAGCGAGCCGGAAUGAUUAUAUUGGGCGGUGGAGUUAUCAAGCAUCAUAUCGCGAACGCCUGCUUGAUGAGAAACGGAGCCGAGUCUGCCGUUUAUAUCAACACCGCCCAAGAGUUUGAUGGUAGCGAUGCGGGUGCGCGGCCAGAUGAAGCAGUCUCCUGGGGAAAGAUUAAAGUGGGAGCAGAUCACGUAAAGGUCUACCUCGAGGCUUCUGCGUGCUUCCCUUUCAUUGUAGCCAGCACUUUUGCCAAGGACGGAUAG